GCCAGCAGCCUCACCGCCCCCGCCAUGGUGGAUGUGGACUUCAGGCUGUGCGGCGGCAGGCGACCCGCGGGUCACCCCCAGCAGCAGCACACCUCGCAACCCAUCACACCCAGGGUCCUGCUCCCCGAGGAGGAGAUCGGCUCCGGCCCCGCCUGCUGGCUCUGGGACUACCUGCGUCGCAGCGGCGCGGGCGGCUUCCUGCUGCCGCUGUCCGGGGGGGCGGACAGCAGCGCCGUGUGCGCCAUAGUGGGGGCCAUGUGCCAGUUGGUGGUGGCGGCGGUGAAGGCGGGUGACCCACGGGUCAUCGCGGACGUGCGCCGAGUGGCGGGCUACCCCGAGGGCUCCCCGCUGCCCUCCGACCCGCGCGAGCUGGCAGGGCGGCUGCUGCACUGCGUCUACAUGGGCACUGUGAACAGCUCCAAGGAAACGAGGGAACGCGCCCGGCUGCUUUGCGAGCAGGUGGGUGCCUACCACCUCUCCCUCACCAUCGACAGUGUGGUGGAGGCGGUGGUGGGGCUGUUCGCGGCGGCGGUCAGCGGAGGCAGGCGGCCCGCCUUCCGCGCGCACGGCGGCAGCACUGCGGAGAACCUGGCACUGCAGAACAUCCAGGCCCGCCUGCGCAUGGUGCUAGCCUUCCUGCUGGCCCAGCUGCUUCCCUGGGC